CGGCCCGCCGCGCGACGCCUCGCACGCGCCUCCGCCGCCGCGAGCCCAUGACCGCCCUCCACAGAUGACGGAGCCCGCCCGCACCCUACGAGAGCGCCGCACUGUCCCCGCACUCAGCACGACCACUCUCACCGCGCGAUCCUGCAUUCGCUCGUACCGCGCGACGAUAAGGUGAUGCAUCAACGAUGAGUCGCCGCGCGCGGCCGUGACAUGGGAGCGCAGGCAUGGGCUGGCGCGCCGUGCAACCGCCGCACAUCGCCGCCGGCUUGCUCCUACUGCUGCUAGUUAACCUGCCAGUAACCUGCCACCAAGACCACCAAGAUGCUGUGCACAUCACGGCCAUCCUCGGCGAGAGCGUGGUGUUCAACUGCCAGGUGGACUUUCCGGAAGACAUCCCGGUGCCGUACGUGUUGCAGUGGGAGAAGAAGGUAGGCGAAACGGGACAGGACAUCCCGAUCUACAUCUGGUACGAGAGCUACCCGACGCACAGCGGCGAGGGUUACGAGGGCCGAGUGUCGCGCGUGGCGCCGGACUCACCCUACGGCGCGGCCAGCCUCAACCUUACCAAUAUCCGCGAGUCUGAUCAGGGUUGGUACGAGUGUAAGGUGGUGUUCCUCAACAGGUCACCCAAUCAGCAUAAAAAUGGCACAUGGUUCCACUUGGACGUGCACGCGCCACCACGCUUCUCCAUCACACCGGAAGACAUUAUUUACGUUAAUUUAGGAGAUGCCAUCAUCCUCAACUGCCAGGCUGAGGGUACGCCUACGCCGGAGAUCCUCUGGUACAAGGACGCGAACCCGGUGGAACCAUCAGGAACUGUGGGCAUCUUCAACGACGGCACCGAACUACGCAUCAGCAACAUCAGGCACGAGGACAUUGGAGACUACACGUGUAUCGCGCGCAAUGGAGAGGGGCAGGUAUCACACACCGCGCGGGUCAUCAUUGCUGGAGGUGCCGUUAUCACUAUGCCGCCAACAAACCAGACAAAGUUAGAAGGAGAGAAAGUUCAGUUUUCAUGUGAAGCAAAAGCAUUACCGGGUAAUGUAACUGUAAAAUGGUUCCGAGAGGGCGCGCCGGUAGCCGAGGUGGCAGCACUGGAGACUAGGGUCACCAUCCGACGUGACGGAGCGCUCGUCAUCAAUCCUGUCGCUGCUGAUGACUCUGGGCAGUAUCUGUGUGAAGUGUCCAACGGAAUAGGCGACCCGCAAAGCGCAUCAGCCUAUUUAAAUGUUGAAUACCCAGCGAAAGUAACGUUCACACCGACCGUGCAGUAUCUCCCCUUCCGGCUAGCAGGAGUAGUGCAGUGUUACAUAAAGGCGAACCCUCCCCUGCAAUACGUCACGUGGACGAAGGACAAGCGACUGUUGGAACCUUAUCAGACUAAGGAUAUUGUGAUCAUGAACAACGGUUCCUUACUGUUCACCAGGGUCAACCAGAACCAUCAGGGUCGAUAUACUUGUACACCUUACAACGCACAAGGAACUCAAGGGUCAUCUGGUCCGAUGGAAGUUUUAGUUCGUAAACCACCUGUGUUCACAGUGGAGCCAGAACCGCUGUACCAAAGAAAGGUGGGCGAGUCGGUGGAGAUGCACUGCGAGGCGCAGGAGGCGGAGGGCACACAGCGGCCGAGCGUGACGUGGCGGCGCCGCGACGGCCUGCCGCUGCAGAAGACUCGCGUGCGCGCGCUCGCCGGGAACAUCACCAUCGACACGCUGCGCCGCCAGGACUUCGGCAUCUACCAGUGCGUCGCCUCCAACGAGGUGGCAACGAUAGUAGCGGACACGCAGCUGGUGAUCGAGGGCACGCAGCCGCACGCGCCAUACAACGUGUCGGGCACGGCCACCGAGUUCCAGGUCACGCUGCGCUGGCAGCCAGGGUACGCGGGCGGGCCCGACUACAAGCAGGACUACACCAUCUGGUACAGGGAGGCAGGCUUCUCCGAGUGGACUAAAGUCCCCGUUACUCCCUCUGGUGCUACUUCUGUCACAAUAAACCGACUGCAACCUGGAACCACGUACGAGUUUCAAGUGAACAGUAAGAAUACGAUAGGAGAAGGAAUGAUGAGUAAAGCUAUUACAAUAAGAACUCUUGAUGUAGGCGCCAAGCCGAAGGCGGCACCCACUCCGGCGGGGCCGGUAGACGAAAAGAUAUUCCAAAACGCACCCGAAGGCUCCGGUCCGAAGUCAGGUCCGCCUCGCAACCUGACGGUGACGGAGGUGCACAAUGGGUUCCUGAUCACGUGGCAGGCGCCGCUGGAGCGCUCGCAUCUAGUGCAGUACUACACCAUCAAGUAUCGUACCGACGCGCAGUGGAAGACCCUCAACCGAGGACAGAUACGACCCGAGGAGACCAGCUACUUGGUGAAGAACCUGGUCGGCGGUCGCACGUACUACUUCCGCGUGCUCGCGAACUCGGCGACGAGCUACGAGAGCUCGGAGGAGGUGAAGUUCCCGGUGCCUGCGCGGGUAAAGCACAAAGCGAUCACGGCGGGCGUCGUCGGCGGCAUCCUGUUCUUCAUCGUGGCCAUCAUCCUCUCCGUCUGCGCCGUCAAGAUCUGCAAUAAACGUAAACGACGUAAGCAGGAGAAAGAAAUUAUUCGAUUGCAGCAUACAACAUGGUAGCCGCGCGACUGACAGAUCUCCGCGCCGCUGAUAGCACUCAAGUGCCUUUUAAAAAGCACAGAUUUAGAGAACGCGGAAUAUCGAGUAUAGUUCAAUGUUUGCGGUUCACUGCAAACUGGGUGUGGCCAGCGUCGAGAUGCGGGGGCUCGGUGCGGUACUGGGCGUCGGCGCGGCGCGUGUCGGCGGCGCCGUCCGGCUCGCCGGCGCCCUCGCUGGCGCCCUCCUCGUCCGACGACGGCGGCUUCCUACCGCGCCUCCGAGCACCGCUGCGGCCAUCAGCCGCGCCGCCGCUGUUCCGUGCGUCGUCGCCGGCGCUGGCGCUGCACUGGCCGCCGUGGCCGCCAUGGCCCCCGUGGGCGGCGGCCUGGACCCCCUGGUCACCGUUGCACGUAUCUGACCUCAGCUCCGUGCCCUUCCCGAGUUCUGCCGACGGCUCAUUUCCCACGCCUCCUUCUCCAUUCCGCCUCAGAUCGCUACGACAGAGCGCUCACGACCCGCUCCGCGCCGCUACCGGCCCGCUCGCUAGACCCCGCGCCCGACCUCUGCCGCGGCACGCUCGGCCGCGAGCAGUAGCGGACUUGCCGCCGCCUCCCCACGAAGCAUCGCCCGAGAGUCGGUCCUCAUCCAGCGGGUUCGGCAGUAAGAACGCGUCGUCCUCGCAACACAACCGCAGCAGCAGGACCGGCAGCCUGGCGGAGUGGCGGCCGCCCCCGUACCGGCCGCCGCCGCCGGCGCCGCCGCCGCGGCCCGGCUCCGGCGAGGCGGGCGACGCGGGCUCGGUGGACGUACACUACGAGUGGGACCGCGCCACGCGCACGCCAACUCCCUCGACUCCGGAGCGCACGCGCGCGCGCCCUUCGCGGGAUGACGUGGAAGCUCGAGUGCGUGCUAUGAAGGAAGAGUUCCUCGAGUUCCGUAAACGCCAGGCGUUGCGGCGUCGCUCCCCGGAGCCUCUGGCGCCGCCCCCGCCGCUGUCGCCGCUGUCUCCGCUGUCGCCGCUGGCCGCGCUGGCUCACUCGCCGGCCGCGCCCGCUGAGACUGUCUGCUGACCUUCGAGCUGCCGAUCAUUAUCGAGCGACAAGCUUUCAAUGAUCGCCUUGCUCCCCACCGACCCAAUUUCGUGAAUGCGCUUCAAAUAUGUACAGAUUUUAAUGGAGCAAUAAGUAUUUAAAUUCCGAAUUUACUUCAGCAAAUAUUUAAUUAUUAUUUGAACUAAUACUUUAGCUUGAGCAACCAUACUGAAUAUCGGGCAGGAACGUUGAACGACAAUCAAAUACAGCAGUCGGUAAAUUUUCAUUAUUUAUUAGGUAGAGCCCAAUGACCUACGAAACGGGGGCUAUUUGGAAGUAGAUAUUGAUUUGGUACGUUCACUGUUUAUGUAGUGUUAAAAGAUCCCACCAGGUCACUGGCGUUACGACCACGCCGCCGGUAACCAUUAUUAUAAAUAUAGAUACUUAGGAAAUGAUGACUUAAGUCGCACAAGAAUAUAUGCGACUGUAAUAAUGUACGUAUAAAAAGUGGAUGCUGUGACGGUUCUUGGUCGCACUGUCUGCUUUCCUAUCUGAUAAAAUAUGUCAAUUAAUUGUUCAAGGCAAACGCACUCACGGCCUUUAAUAACUAUGUGGCAAGAUGAAAACCAACACAAACAAAAACACGUGACUGUAUUUGAACUACGUGUCAUGUACAAAGCCACAAGACUAAAGUAACCUACGCAACAACAAGUGGUCACUGUGAACCGAUUGCUUAUUGUUUGGUCGAAGCCGUAUAUUUAUAUUGUUUUAUAAUUACGUGAAGCAGUAAUGUGCGGCGGGCAGGCAGUGCGAGAGACGUUCACCUUAACGCUUUAGGUAUGAGCGGGGAAGCAUCCACGACACCGCUCAUACCAACAUUAUAUUGUAGUUAUUAUUGUAACUAAUUACGAAUAACGAUUUACUAAGAGCAGCCGCGACUGGUGGCCGAGCACGCCGCGGCCACGCGAGCCACGCGCGCCGCGUCUCGCCCGUCAGUCCCGGCUGCUCCUUUAUAAUAUACAACAAAAUAAUCAUUAAGUAGAUUUAGAAAUAAUUUAGAUUGAUACAAAACGUAUAAACUCAGUUUUGUUUCACAUUUUUAAAUGAAUUAUUAUUUUAAAAGUACAAAUUUAUUUUUAUUAAUUUUAUUUAUGUAGUUACAAUAAUUUAAAAGGAACAACUGUACAUAUGUAAAAACAUAUUAGAUAUUAUACUUAUACAUUUAUUUAUUUAGGUGUGGUGUGGUAUGAUUGAGGUUCUGAAGAACUGUUUGCCGGUGUUUGUGACUACUUGUGAGGCACUACACACUGUUGCCAUUAGACACUGCCGACUAGGAACUUCCCACGUUUAUAUUAAGAACAUAUUCCCUUAUAUUGAUGACUAAACUUAUUUAUUUAUUCUUGUGUGGCUGAUGAUGACCUACCUGAUACAACAAUGCGACUUGAUGUGUCAAUGCCCAAAGUAAUUCGCAAAGGUUCAGUCAAUUGUUUUCGACUUCAUUCAAAUGAUGUUAUGUAAGAUUUUUUUUUAAAUUUUAUAUGUGAUUGUUUUUACUAUUUUUACAGUCCGUUACGAGGUAUUAAAUUGGGUUUAUUAUUUUACAGAAAUAAUAAUACAAUUUACGUAUCGGUUCCUUGAGUAAUCCCACCUAUGUAGUUGACCAGUCAAAACCAAGACUGUUUAGUGUUAUGUUCGUUAUUAGGUUUACUUAUUGUGUCAAAUGUGCUCUUAGAUAUUUCCUUGCAUGCACGUCGCACUUUUUGUACCUAUUGUUUGUAACGCAGAAUUUUUUUAAUCGAAUAUCGAGUUAAGGACCUCCUAAAAUAAGUAUAAAAAUGUACGCUUUAAAGAAAUUGGAAUAAAUUACUCAUAACAAAUAGAUAGGUAGGUAUGAUAAGGUGUAGUUAUUUAUGUGCGUGCAUGGAAGCGUCUGGUACGGAGGAAUACGGCGCGUGGCGUCGGCGGGCACGCAGCGGACACGCGGCGUGCCGUCCGCACUGAGUAUUGUUACGUCAAGGACAGCGAACAAGCGCAUCAUUAGUUCACUGCUGAUGACGGUGUAGACUUAAGCUACGUAUAACGACACAAUAGAUCCUUGUUUUUGUUAUAUUUUUUACUUGUUCUCUAACUUCCGCCAUAGCAUACACUUAGAAUAUUAGGAUCGACGAUAUGUGCAAUAAAAUUAUCCACAGUUCCAUAAUGACUUUGUAAUAUGUUAAAAUAAUUAUGUAUGUAUGUAUAAUAUGCUCAAUAAUUUCGACUGACCAACUGUAAAAAUAUUACUUAUUGGUAAAUAUCGAAGUCACUAUUGUUUAAUUUCGAUUUCAUUAUGCUUUCGUAUAGAAUGCAAUUGAAGAAAAUGGUAGAGUAAUGCAAACAGAUAUUGCUGGGCAAGCUUACUUUGUGGCCGUGUGGCCAGCACUAGUGCAGGCGCCUAAUUCGUAAUUCUUGUUGUUUUAUUGACCGUGGCGGGCAUAUCACGAAA